AUGUUCCAAAUGUGUGGCUAUCGUAUCGUCCCUAAAUCUUCAGCAGCAUCGGUUUCUCUAUUCAUUGAGGAAAAGGGCACUGAAGCCUUUCCCAGAAUAGGGUUGAAAGAAGAUGAGUUUCUGGUAUUGCUUCUUCAUGCUGCAGUUACUCUUAUUAACAGCUGCACGAUUGAACAGCUGGAGAAGAUCCCAAGGAAGCUCUCUGAAAGUUUACUGCUUUAUUUUAAAAAGCUAUGGGCAGAUGCACAUAAACAGAUGUUAUGUGGGAACAUUCUGAAAUUUAACCAGGGGAGACAUUCUUAUGUAACCAAUAUCAGAACAAAUACUCUAGCAGAAAACAUUUUCAGGCUCUCCAUAAAUGCUGGGCAAUUCACAAGACCUUCCAACUUCAAGAAAGUCGAGAGAAGCAUUUUCAGUUCAAGUGGGACUACUUUUGAAGAUUUUGUGUUGAACCAUUGGGAGGUAUCUCCUUUGCUUAUGAGGAGGCCUUCAAAAGCUUUGACUAAAGAAGAUGAUAUUUUCAGUUCGUUUCUACAACAUCUUAGCUCUGAAGGAGUUCUUUCUUUUAUUCAUUCAAUCCUCCAAAAUCUUACUUCUUGUCCAGCAAUAGCUUCGGAUGAGCUAAAUGUCCUUAGUUUUCUGAAGGAGGUGGAAAAUCAUCUAGGAUGUCCCAUAAUUUACCAACAGGACAUUCGGGUCCUAAAAACAGAGCAUUCAGAAAGAGAGAUGCAUUACUUUCAGGAGUGUUUAGGGUCUAGUUGCUCCCAGGCUCCUCAUUUUCUCUAUAUGGACAAUGUUUUGAGAUGUAAAGAAGCAUACAAAGAGGGAUACACAAUUACACUGCGUGGCAUGGAGUUUCGCUUUGAAAGUAUUGCUGCUAUUGCGGAUGGGUUAGCAUCUCUGUUUGGUCAACCAUCGGCAGGUGUGAAUAUGUACCUGACACCACCUGAUUCUCAAGGUUUGGCUCGUCACUAUGAUGAUCACUGUGUGCUUGUAUGUCAACUUCUUGGAGUCAAAAAAUGGAAAGUUUUUCCUCAGUAUAGUCUCCAUUUACCUCGCUUGUAUGAACCUGUUGAUAGCUGGCAUGAUAUGAAGGUUGGAACUCCAAUAAUGGAUGGGACCAAACAGUUUUUGCUUAGUGAAGGCGAUAUUUUAUAUAUUCCUAGAGGUUUCCAUCAUGAGGCAUGUACUGUCAUCGAUAAUGACUGGCCCAAUGGAAUUGCUGGGUGCUCCUUACAUCUGACUCUUGCUAUUGAGGUUGAGCCUCCAUUUGAGUGGGAAGGAUUCACUCAUGUUGCACUUCAUCUUUGGAAUCAGAAACAGAAUCUAUCUCAGCACACUCAUGGUGAUUCUUUGUUUUGGAAGUUGAAAGUUAUGUCUGUGAACCUAUUGCAUGUUGCAAUUAAGCUACUUGGUGACGUCGAUCCUACAUUUCGGAAAGCUUGCUUGGUAGGUGCGGUUUCAUCAUCCGUUACAGGAGGUUGGCUGGAUAGGAACCAGAGAAUGAUUUUCGGACAUUUGAUCAAUAGAAUUAAUUUCAAGUCAAGGUUCUCAGAUGUGCUUAGGCAUGUAGAAGCGGCUGUUCAGAGACAUGAAGAUCUGUUCCAACAAUUUAGGUGGCUUCAGCAUCUCAAUGAAGGAGAAAUGGUUGAAGGACACGACUCGAGUAUUCCUUUUGCUGGUAUUGAAAACUAUUAUCAUCUAGGUAGUCAGCAUAAGGACAAGGCAGAAGCAGCUUUCAUGGAGGUUAAAUCUAAGUUCUGUAGUGAGGUAGUUUUUGAGGAUGUAGAACAUGGGUAUAAGAUGCUACUUGAGAAGUAUAAGAAGGUGAGAAGGCAAUACACCAGUGGGAUGCUUUCACUGCACUGUAAUUGA